GCCCGGGCUGCGCGCGCCCGUGAAGUAAUUCAUUGUAUCAGACGGAGACGGGAGGAAGCUGCGAGCGACUCGGCGCAGAGAAAACACCGAAAAAUACCACUGCUCGGCACAUAAACUGAAGGGAUGGCAGCCAUCCGUAAGAAGCUGGUGAUCGUUGGAGAUGGAGCUUGUGGGAAGACCUGCCUUCUGAUCGUCUUCAGCAAGGACCAGUUCCCUGAGGUCUACGUCCCCACCGUGUUCGAGAACUAUGUUGCCGACAUAGAGGUGGACGGCAAGCAGGUGGAGCUGGCUCUGUGGGACACGGCGGGUCAGGAGGACUACGACAGGCUGAGACCUCUCUCCUACCCAGACACUGACGUCAUCCUCAUGUGCUUCUCCAUCGACAGCCCCGACAGCUUGGAAAACAUUCCAGAGAAGUGGACCCCGGAGGUGAAACACUUCUGUCCAAACGUCCCCAUCAUCCUGGUAGGAAACAAGAAGGACCUGCGCAACGACGAGCACACACGUCGGGAGCUGGCCAAGAUGAAGCAGGAGCCGGUAAAGUCGGAGGAGGGCCGGGACAUGGCCGGGCGGAUCGCGGCGUUCGGCUACAUGGAGUGCUCAGCCAAGACCAAGGACGGCGUGCGGGAGGUGUUCGAGAUGGCCACGAGGGCGGCGCUCCAAGCCCGCCGCGGAAAGAAGAGCAAUAAAUGUGUAGUGCUGUAAAACGGCCGGCACACUUGGACUGAUUCCACCCGGGGCCACGACACCCGCGGGGGGGGCCGGGCUCGGGAGGGACGGAGGGAUGACUGGGCGGGACCGGGAGGGAGGGGAUGAAAAGAGUGCAGUAAACGACUACCGCUGUAAACUGUUGGUUGGACUGAAUUUACCCUGGGACUUGGGUUUGGGAGGCUUUGAUGCAGAAGGGGGAGGGCGGACGGACAGACGGACGGACGGAGCACAGUAAACGACUACCGCUGUAAGCCACGAGGCUCUGUAACGGCGAGGCUACCAGACAGACAGCAGCUGAACACUGGGACAACAAAGCCACUUCGCUCAUCCUGGCCCUUUAUUAUUUAAAAAGAAAAAGUGAUCGGUAAUCCAUAAAGUUGCUUGUGAAUUACGGCGUUUCCCGCUUGACUGUGUUCUGAAUGGAUGACAGACGACAAACGGGUUUGGUUUUGUGGGCGGGGCAAACGGACAGCGCAGUUCAACGAGUGCCACUGCAAACAGCCACCAGUGGACCACUCGGCGCCAGGUGUUGGUGCCUGGCUCGAGGGCUCGGGGAGAGUGGAGUGGGACAGCUGAAGGGAUGGGAGAGACGAGACGCAGUGCGUGGGCGCGUGACCACGACGAGCCCGCCGCCUCCGCGCCGGGGCGUCCGAGCAUUCUGAAGUUUGUAGAAGUGGUAUUAAAGGAGCGGUCACGUGCGGCGAGGGGCCGCCGCCUCAUGAGAGGUGUGGAGCGACGCACUCACAUGUCCGCCUCAGUGCCGUUUAGUCUCACCGCGGCUAAUCCUGCGCUUACAGACGCAGCGCGACAAACAAACCCGGCGCUACUCUUCACCCAGAUCAUCCGCUACAGUCACCUGAUAUCUGCCGCUCUCGUUAUUCGCAGCCUGAAUCUUAAAAAGCAGCUCCUCUGCGCCGGCUCCAGAUUAGAUCUGAUCCGUCACCAUCUGGUCCCGAUUCAGAGGGAAGACGCGUUGCCACAGCAGCGCUGUGAAGUUUGCGUCCGGGCCAGACGGCCGCACGUGUGUCUGCAUUAAGAGGUGAAUCGUGGUCGCCGCCCCCCCACCACCACCAGAUGACAAAGGUCGCUCACAGCCCUGCAUAUUCCAGCACUGCCUCGGCUCCCCUCCCAUCCCUUCCUGCUCCACCAAGCCGACUGCCGGUGCUCGUCUUCCCCCUGGUCUCAGAGAGCAGAGAGGAUGAGCCUUGUUUACAUGCACGCCACCAGUCUCCUCUUUUGGAAUGAAUAAAUUAACAGUUAAUGGGUGCGUUGGCAUGUAUAGGGGUCAAAUGUACAAAAUCAAGAAGUAGUGUGUUGUUUGAGGGGAUUAAAAAAAAAAAAAAAGGUGCUUCGGGAUUGUAUUAAUUGACCUUUACUUAGAGGUCAACCUUUAACAGGUUAACUGCUGGUAUCUGCCAUCUGGUUACCAGUUUAAGAGGAACGGAACAUAUGGGACAAGACCUUUUUACCCAGAAUACCGUGCAUGGAAACACCAGAACGGUCAGGUCGGUCAGCUGGAUGGAAUCUGUACUUUGACGUCACAGAUGAGGUGGGGGGGAAAAAAAACACACCACCCCGCCUGUGGUUUUGGGUAAAUGAGUGUGAAUCACGGACUUUCCUGACUUUUCUGAGUGUUUCCUCACACAUUCAGGCCCUCCUUUUAGUUUUUGAUUUUUUUUUUUUUAUUGUGCAUUUUCAAAUGCAGACAUUUGGCUUCUUCCUGUGAUUGUACCCGACAGUUUUGUUCCCUCCUGUUUUUCCUGGCCUGCAGGGAGGAGCCUGUUCAGAGACCAGUCUCGUUUUUAUACUUUAUUUCCAGCUUUUGAAAAGAAAAGAAGUUAUAAACAUGUUCAUCAGUAUUUAAAAAGUAAAAUAAAAAUCAGAGGUGGAAGAUUAGGGAAUUAUUCUGUGUUGUUGCUAUAGUUUUGUUUCCUUUUCUUCUGUGCUUUACCUGAUUGUUUAGUUUUUUUUUCUCUCUCUCUGAUGAUUUACUCUUGGUUGUAAUGACCUGUCAAUCAUCCCUGCCAAAUGCUACUGUUCAGGCAGUCUGGAGAAAGGCUGGCCUCUCGGCUGCCUGUCUAAAGCAUCACUAGGACCACGAGUGCUGGCUUUAUUUUCGGUUUUGUUUUUUUGGUUUUUUUUUUAACACAAACUAAAGACAAAAGGAAAAAAA